UCCCCUCCCACCAGUAGCUGGUUCCUCUCCCCUCACUCUCCGGAUAGUUACAGAGGCCGCUAGCUGCGUGUCCCCCGAGCUGCUGCAGAUGAUGGAGGCCCAGACCCGCUUUCUGUCCUCGGCUGUUUGCUUUCUCUUACUCCAGGCUGCCUUCAUUCCAUCCCGGGCUUCUGAGGAGAAGGAGCAGGCUCAGUCCCGGCCUAGCCGAUCAAGCCAAGACGGGGAAUGUCACUUUUACGCGGGAGGACAGGUUUACCCCGGGGAAGCGACCCGUGUGCCGGUGUCCGACCAUUCUCUGCACCUCAGCAAGGCUAAAAUUUCCAAACCAGCUCCAUAUUGGGAAGGAACAGCAGUGAUCAAUGGAGAGUUCAAAGAACUGAAACUUACGGAUUACAAAGGAAAAUACUUAGUUUUCUUCUUCUAUCCUCUUGACUUCACAUUUGUGUGCCCAACUGAAAUAAUUGCCUUUGGAGACCGAAUCGAAGAAUUUAGAGCGAUAAACACAGAAGUUGUCGCCUGCUCUGUGGACUCGCAGUUUACACACUUGGCAUGGAUCAAUACCCCACGUAAGCAAGGUGGGCUUGGUCCAAUGAAGAUUCCCUUGCUUUCUGAUUUGACACACCAGAUUUCAAAGGAUUACGGUGUUUAUUUGGAGGACCAAGGUCACACUCUCAGAGGACUCUUCAUUAUUGAUGACAAGGGAGUUCUUCGUCAGAUUACAAUGAAUGACCUUCCUGUUGGGCGAUCGGUAGAUGAGACUCUUCGUCUUGUUCAAGCGUUCCAGUACACAGAUAAGCAUGGGGAAGUUUGUCCUGCUGGAUGGAAACCUGGUAGUGAAACUAUCAGCCCUGAGGAAGCCAUGAAAGCCUGGUGGCCGAGAGAGGAUUUAUAAUCCCUGACCCAGCCGGAAAACUGAAGUAUUUUGAUAAGCAACACUGACAUCUGUAUUGAUUUACUCUGCAUGGAUCAGCACAUGUUUAACCUGGUUGUUAUUAAAAUUCUAUGAAUUUUGUUACUAAA